AAUAAACGUUAAAAAGGCUGUCAAAUAAGUACAUGUAUUUCUUUGACCCAAUCAUUACUAUCAUCAUCAUAAUAACAUGGCUUCAAUAAACAACAAUAGUAACAAGGGAGGGAGUUCAGCGUGGUUAACGGCGUUACGAGAGCAGCUCCGCCGUUAUAAAGCGCCGACAGAUGAUGAUGAUGAAGAAAAAGAAGUUAGUGGGAUGGGUAUUGUGGAAUCUGCAGCAACCGCCCCAAUUGCUGAAAGAUUCAGACCAAAAAAGGCAGCUGUAUUGAUAUGCCUAUUUCAAUCACAAAAUGAAAAUCAUAAUAAUAAUAAUAAUAAUAAUGAUAAUAAUAAUAAUAAUAGUUUGCGUGUCAUUCUUACUAAAAGGUCUUCUAACCUCUCUACACAUUCAGGUGAAGUCUCGUUGCCUGGGGGAAAAGCUGAGGAAGAUGAUGUAGAUGAUGCUCACACAGCUACAAGGGAAGCAAAGGAAGAGAUAGGCCUCGAUCCUUCACUUGUAGAUGUUGUUGCCCUUCUUGAGCCAUUCUUGUCGAAACAUCUUCUCCAAGUGAUCCCUGUAAUUGGUAUACUUUCUGAUAGAAAUGCAUUCAAUCCAACUCCUAAUGUUGAUGAAGUAGAUGAUGUCUUUGAUGCUCCUUUGGAAAUGUUUCUAAAGGAUGAAAAUCGAAGAUGUGAAGAAAGAGAGUGGAUGGGAGAUAGGUAUCUGAUUCAUUACUUUGACUAUGAAACGGGUGGUAAAAAAUAUUUAAUUUGGGGUUUAACUGCCGGGAUUCUGAUUCGAGCUGCAUCAAUUGUGUACCAAAGACCACCUGCUUUCCUAGAACAAAAUCCCAAAUUCAAGGUCCCUGGAACUGUAAACAAGGACACCAUAAUGCCUUAAACCAUUGGCUUUAAAUAAAUCUUGGUCAACAGCAUGUGUUGAAUUGCAACACUUGUUUUUUGUAUUUUAUUUUUUUUAUUGGUAUCGAGGCCUAGGUUCUGGAGAAUAUCAUGGAUGGAAUGAAGAACCACGCUGCAUUGGCAGAUCAUCUGGCCAAGUUGAUGGGCGGCAGGUUACCUUUCCUAUUCCGCAUACAAAUAGGUAAAGAGACAGAAAGUAUUAAUUUUUGGUUAGGGACAAAUUUACCUUCAAAGUGUUGUAAUAUUUGCUUGACUAUAUGUACAAACAUUUGACUACUUAAUAAACAACAAUGAUACCAAA